AUGGAUUCUUCACUUACUGAAGAGAUUGUAGAGCGUAUUACGGGAAUACAGAUAUUCGAGAAAGCCAUCGCUGAUGAUUGUUUGUCUGACGAAUCGAAACUAGAAUAUGUAUACAGCAAUAUAGAUGUCGGGACCGUGGAUCAUAGCUACUGCAUCGAUGUACACGACAAACCAAUGAUAGAACACUGCGAAGAGCUAAAAAAUAUCUACGUGGAGUACGAAGAACUCAUGGAGGCGUGUGAUAAUGCAGAGUCUUUGGAUGAAGUGGUGGAGGAAAUCGUGGAAGAUACCGUUUUGCAGGACAAUCCCACUGCCAUGAACACUGUAACGCAAGCUGGCGAUACGGAAAUAUUACUCCAACACGGAAUGUAUGAAACAAUCGUGGAAGAACUCGAAGAAGGUGACGACUGUACUACUGCUGAAGAGUUUCAAUACAUCGAUGUGCAAGAGCAAGCGAUAGAACCUGUUUCACAAACCAUUGAAGAUGAUAGUGAAGCGGAAGCGAAACAAGCAAAAGCCGUUAAGCAGCUAGCUGCGAAGAAAAACCUCAGAACACAUCUUUGCUAUAUCUGCGGCAAAUUUGUGUUCCACAUACCAGAUCAUUUACUGUCGCAUACGAAGGAUCCUCAGUUUGCGUGCGACCGUUGUCCAUUUGCUACGACGCGCAAAUCAAACUUGAAGCUGCACGUGGAAAAUGUGCAUUUGAAAAAGGUCGUACGAAGGUCGUACAAGGAACCAUCGCUUGAGAACGAUGUUGAUAAAGCCGAGUAUCUAGAGAUUGACGAUAGUGUGUCGGUCUGUAGUAUGAACGAAGGGGGCAGUUCAGCGAAUGAAUGUGAUUUAGAGAUCGGUGAUGUACCUAAGGAAGAACUCAAAGCAGUUCUUGUGCCUGAGGUUGGAGAUGAUUCUGCACGAGAAGGAGAAGAAGAAGAGGUACCCUUCAAAGAUGGAAUGAUAGAACAGAAAGAUCAUGGGAGUGAAAAAUCCGCGAAAACGUCCCAAAAGCAGCUAUGCCCGAUAUGUGGGAAAAUGGUGUACGACGUAUCGGACCAUAAGUUAUCACACUCGAACGAGAGAAAGCUUUGCUUAUCGGGCAAUGAUGCCAAUCUAUUGCCUACAUCGAAAAUAAUCGAUGCCACGCUGACCAUCGACGAUGUUGAGCGAUUCACGGGAAUUUGUAUUGAAGAUGAAAACAUAUCUUGUGUUAUUUGUGAAGAUUGCCAUAAUAAGCUGCUAAAGUUCACGGCGUUCCGCGUCUGCUGUAUGACUAACGAUGUACGAUUUAGGAAAAUGGUUCGAACGAUGAGGGAACACGGCUGCGAAGAUGUAAUAACGACUGAGGAGGCAAUCGUACAUUCCACAAACGAUCGUUCGGAAGUAAAACACGAACGGUUCAAAAAUGUCGUUGAUGGCAACUUCACAGUUACAUACGUGGAGUCAACGUUCGACGAUCAUGCAGUGGAAGUUGUUGGUGAAAAAAGCGUUGAAAAUUCGGAUAUUGAUGAGGAAGUUGUUGAAAUCAUUGUACAAACUGACUUGCAAACCAAUCGCAACGAGUUGGACAUUUCGGUAUCACCCGCAUCUGUAGCAGAUCAACAACACGAUGAACCGACAGUAAUUGAUUGUUGUACAAAUGAUAAACGAAGCAAAGUACCUGAACGCAGUAUACCAAAUGCUACUUAUCGUAUAACUAGCAAAAGCAGAGAGGCUAAAUUGAAUAAGAAAUACACUAGAAAGCAACAAUUGUCGAGACCAACAAUACAAAAGCAGCUGUGUCCAAUGUGCGGGAAGCUAGUGCAAUAUCUUCCGGAUCAUAUCGUGUCGCACACGAAAGAGCAAAAGUACGCCUGUGAGCAUUGCUCAAUGACAUGUAGUCGCAAAUCUUAUUUAAAAUUGCACGUGGAGGCUGUCCAUCUGAAGAAAGUGGUGAAAUCAUGUGAAUUAUGUAAUCGAGAUUUCACGCACAUAUCGGGCUACACAGCGCACAUGCGUGCGCAACAUAAUGUUGGAGAAUGGUACGUAUGUAAAAUAUGUAACCUGAAGUUUCGUCAUCCGGGUGGGUUGAGAGGUCAUAACAAUCGUAAGCAUAAUGCUGAAAGCAACUGCGAGUGUCCAAUUUGUGGAAUGAAGUUUGAAGACAAGAAGGGUCUGAAGGAUCACAGCAGAGUCCAUUCGAACGAGAAGCCGUUCGCUUGCACCUUUUGUCCAAAACGUUUUAAAAGCCCUAACGCUCACAGGACACAUAUGCUGGUACACAGGGGUGUUGUUUUCGCGUGCACUUUGUGUCCUAAAAGUUAUCGUUACAAAUCCCUACUUAAUGCGCAUAUGAAAAAGGUUCAUACGAAGGAGAAUUUGCGAAAUGAUCCAAAUUGA